AUGGGCCUACAUUGGGGCACCGAAUCAUUACGGACGUUAAUGCCGGAGGAUAUGUGGUUGCGCAUCCAAUCCGUCCAGGUCGACCCUUCGACGCCAACCGCAGCAAAAGAUGCGAUCCAAUUCCUCAACGGACAAACAGGCGAGCUCAUGACUUCCGUCCCGGCGAACAACUUCUACCGUCUCCGACGUCGUAAGCUUCGGGCACUACUCGCAAAGGGACUAGAUAUCCGGUACGGAGUGAGACUAGACAAGAUCAAAUACUCCGAGGACGGAAAAUCCGCAACGGCAUCAUUCCAUAACGGACCUAGCAUAACCGCGAGCCUGGUUGUCGGCACAGACGGCGCGCGCUCAACGACACGAGAGAUCCUCCUUGGACCUGACCAAGGCUCCAUCCGCACACUACCCUACUGCGCAACAUUUGUUCAGGCACGAUUUACUGCAGAUCAGGCGCUCUUCCUCCGAUCAUUUCACCCUCUCUACCUAGCAUCCAUCAACCCCGCAGGAUACUUCGCAUUCUUCGGUCUCCACGACCUCCCAGACCCUGAGCAGCCAGAAACAUGGACAUUCUUCUUCUAUAUCUCAUGGCACUCCCCACUAGACGAGCAAGAAGCAACAGCAAACUGGAGCAACGCACAGCGUUUACAACAGGUAAAAGAAUUCUCGAAGGAGUUCACAGACCCCUGGAAGAGCGCAUUCAAUUGGCUUCCCGACGAUCAGGAAGUCUGGUACAUGAGUCUGACGGACUUUGACCCAGGAGCAGAGGGACAUCGCUGGGAUAACAAGGGCGGACGAGUGACGCUAGCCGGCGAUGCAGCGCACGCAAUGACCUAUCAGCGUGGACAGGGGUUGAACCACUCCGUGACUGACGCGAGGAAGCUGGCAACUGCGAUUGGGGACUUCUACUCUGGGCGGAAGACAAGGGCGGAAGCUAUCAGGUUGUAUGAAGAGGAGAUGAUUGCUCGAGCUGGAGGGGAGGUACGCAUGUCGACGACGAAUACGGAGAUGGUGCAUGACUGGCAGAAGGUGCUGAAGUCUCCGAUUAUGACCAAGGGGAUGACGAAGGUACCUGAUAACCAAGCUAAGAACUAG